GUAGGAGUUCGCAAAGAGCCUCCCUACUGCUGGAGCAGGAGGCCGAGCUCCAAAUCAAGCUUUCCUUAGGCUGCCACUCAGAUUCACCCGUGUUUCGGGGGUUAUGCGUGGUGCAGUGAUGCGUGGCCACCUCCGGCCUCCUGCGGGGACCCCAGGCGGGGGCUGGGUUUGAGUCCCCAUCGUCUACAGCCCACGCUUGCAGGGGUUGCACACGUGGUGACCUGCCCGCGGCCGGGUUGCCGGCUCGGCUCCUCCUCCCUCCAGAUCUCCCUCUGUUCUCUGCAGUAUCACGUGCAUCCGCGCCGGGUGCAGGAUGGCGGCUGCGGCAACAGCGGUGGGUGUCAGGCUCCGGGACUGCUGCAGCCGAGGCGCUGUGCUCCUGCUCUUCUUCUCCCUGUCCCCUCAGCCCCCGGCCGCCGCCGCUUGGCUGCUGGGCCUGCGGCCCGAGGACACCGCUGGAGGCCGCGUGUCCCUGGAGGGGGGCACCCUGCGCGCGGCGGAAGGCACCAGCUUCCUCCUGCGCGUCUAUUUCCAGCCCGGGCCCGCGGCGCCCGCGGCACCGGUGCCCGCACCCACCCUUUCCCCGGGAGAGAACGGCACCGGCGACUGGACUCCGCGGCUCGUGUUCAUCGAGGAGCCCCCGGGAGGUAGCGGCGUGGCGCCCAGUGCUGUCCCCACGCGCCCCCCGGGGCCGCAGCGCUGCCGAGAGCAGAGCGACUGGGCUUCGGACGUGGAAGUCCUGGGGCCGUUGCGCCCCGGAGGCGUGGCGGGUUCGGCUUUAGUCCAGGUGAGGGUGCGGGAGCUGCGCAAGGGCGAGGCAGAGCGGGGCGGCGCGGGCGGUGGCGGGAAGCUCUUCUCGCUGUGCGCCUGGGACGGACGCGCUUGGCACCACCACGGCGCCGCCGGCGGCUUCCUGCUGCGCGUCCGCCCGCGGCUGUACGGUCCUGGGGGGGACCUAUUGCCCCCAGCGUGGCUCCGGGCGCUCGGGGCGCUCCUGCUGCUCGCCCUGUCUGCCCUUUUCAGCGGCCUGCGCCUGAGCCUGCUCUCGCUGGACCCGGUGGAGUUACGGGUGCUGCGGAAUAGCGGCUCGGCCGCAGAGCAGGAGCAGGCGCGCCGCGUGCAGGCCGUGCGCAGCAGGGGGACCCAUCUGCUCUGCACCCUGCUCCUGGGCCAAGCCGGAGCCAACGCGGCCCUGGCAGGCUGGCUGUACGCCUCGCUGCCGCCGGGCGUCGGGGGCACCGGAGAAGAUUAUUACAGCGAGGCAGGGAUUCACUUCCCGUGGCUGCCGGCGCUCGUCUGCACCGGCGCGGUGUUUCUGGGCGCCGAGAUCUGCCCCUACUCAGUGUGUUCUCGGCACGGGCUGGCCAUCGCUUCGCACAGCGUGUGCCUGACCCGACUCCUGAUGGCGGCCGCCUUCCCCGUGUGCUACCCGCUGGGCCGCCUGCUGGACUGGGCGCUGCGUCAGGAGAUCAGCACCUUCUACACGCGCGAGAAGCUGCUGGAGACACUACGGGCCGCAGACCCCUACAGCGACCUGGUGAAGGAGGAGCUCAACAUCAUCCAGGGCGCCUUGGAGCUGCGCACCAAGGUGGUGGAGGAGGUGCUGACCCCCCUCGGGGACUGCUUCAUGCUGCGCUCCGACGCGGUGCUCGACUUCGCCACGGUCUCAGAGAUUCUGCGCAGCGGCUACACUCGUAUCCCCGUGUACGAGGGCGAUCAGCGGCACAACAUUGUAGACAUUCUGUUUGUCAAGGACUUGGCCUUCGUGGACCCCGACGACUGCACGCCACUACUCACCGUCACUCGCUUCUACAACCGGCCCCUGCACUGCGUCUUCAAUGAUACCCGGCUGGACACGGUGCUGGAGGAGUUUAAGAAGGGAAAAUCUCACCUGGCCAUUGUCCAGCGGGUGAACAAUGAGGGAGAAGGAGACCCCUUCUAUGAGGUAAUGGGAAUUGUCACCCUGGAGGACAUCAUAGAGGAGAUCAUUAAGUCGGAGAUCCUGGAUGAAACUGACCUCUACACUGACAACCGGAAAAAGCAGAGGGUUCCACACAGGGAGAGGAAGCGGCACGACUUUUCCCUAUUCAAGCUUUCUGACUCGGAGAUGAGGGUGAAGAUCUCUCCCCAGCUUCUGCUGGCCACACACCGCUUCAUGGCCACAGAAGUGGAGCCCUUUAAAUCUCUGUACCUUUCGGAGAAGAUCCUGCUCCGGCUCCUCAAACACCCCAAUGUGAUCCAGGAGCUGAAGUUUGACGAGAAAAACAAGAAAGCCCCAGAACACUACCUCUACCAGCGCAACCGCCCCGUAGACUACUUCGUGCUGCUUCUGCAGGGUAAAGUGGAAGUGGAGGUUGGCAAGGAAGGCCUUCGCUUCGAGAAUGGAGCUUUCACCUACUAUGGAGUCCCAGCCAUCAUGACCACUGCUUGCUCAGAUAACGAUGUGCGGAAGGUUGGAAGCCUGGCUGGAUCCUCAGUCUUUCUGCCCGUCUCUGUGUCCCGUACCUUCGCCUUCAGCAGAGGGGACUCUCUGGCGGGCUCCCCAGUAAACCGGUCCCCUUCUCGCUGCAGCGGCUUGAACCGCUCCGAGUCUCCAAACCGCGAGCGCAGUGACUUUGGGGGCAGCAACACCCAGCUGUGCGGAAGCAGCAACAACCUGUACACUCCUGACUACUCAGUGCACAUCCUGAGCGACGUGCAGUUUGUGAAGAUCACACGGCAGCAGUACCAGAAUGCACUCACUGCCUGCCACAUGGACAGCUCACCCCAGUCCCCUGACAUGGAGGCCUUCACUGACGGAGACUCCACCAAAGCCCCUACGACCCGGGGUACGCCCCAGACCCCCAAGGAUGACCCUGCCAUCACCCUCCUGAGCAAUAGGAACAGCCUGCCGUGCAGCCGCUCAGAUGGGCUGAGAAGCCCCGGCGAGGUUGUGUACCUGAGGAUGGAGGACAUGGCCUUCACCCAGGAGGAAAUGACAGACCUCGAGGAGCAGAGCACACAGCAGCUCUCACUGUCUUCUGCAGCCAUUCCUACGACAGCAGCGUCAGACAGUGAAUGCUGUAAUAUCAACCUGGACACAGAGACAAGCCCCUGCAGUAGCGACUUUGAGGAAACCGUGGGCAAGAAGCUGCUGAGAACCUUGAGUGGUCGAAAACGGAAGAGGUCACCCGAUGGAGAGCGAGCCUCUGAGGAGAACUCCAAUUUAAUGCCUCUGAUCACAUGACGGGGCCGAGUGUUUGCUGGGAAUGUGAGAUUCAGCGUUGAGGGAGAACCCACCCUCCCAUCUUCUGCGUCUCCCGAGGCCUCCCACAGGUGACAGAGCAUUCUGCUUUCCUUACCACCUCCUCACCCCUCGCUGUCAGCUUGGCAGAUUCCCCCUUGUUGCCUCCAGUUUGAUUCAGAGCCUUGCUGUGGCCAUGACGGAUGGAGAUGCCUCCGGUGGAACAUGCUAGAAAUGGUCUUUUCCACAGUAUAGUCUGGGACUGGAGGAGAAAUGACCCCAAGCUGACAAUGCCACUCUGGGACCCCUGACUCCUUUUUUGUUCUUUGGGAUCCCCUGAUGCCAUAUUUCAUGCUUCGCUCAGCUCAGAAGGUGCCACCGGCGGACAGGCAUGGAGACAGUGGAGAAGCAGGUGUGACGGUCAGUGCAGAAGAUGCCCCGAGAUUUCCUCCAGGACUUUAAUGCAGUGGGACCCGGCUAUGUUGGCAUGGGAUGGUACAGAACAGAAAACUGUCGGUGACCAGUUUCCUGUUAGAUAAGGGUUCUAGCAGCCAGGGAAGUGUGUCUCGGCUGGAAUGGAAAGACCGUGAGAUGGAACCUCAAGUCACUGUUUAUUCCCAGGGACGUAUCUUUUUGGCUCCCAAUUAGCAGUUCUCCAUCCAGUCGUAAAUCUGCUCUUGAAGAGGAGGAGCAGAGAACAGAGACCGGACUGGGAGCCAGAGAUGGAACUUCAGGUUUUAAGUUGAAAUCAAAGCAAACAAACAGAAACUUACGUAGAAAAUUUCUAAGCUGUUGAAGCAAGUUUAGCCAUGACAAACCAAAGAGUGCCCAGGUCAGCCAAGAAGGAUGCAAGCUCUCAUGGGACUUCAGUGUGCAUUACAUGGGAACACUGAAGAAUUGCUCUUCUUUUUCAUCCGCUCCCUCCACUCCACCCCACCCCUUACUCCUCCACCCCAGCAGGUCAGCUAAGGGUACUUUAUUCGAAGAAUUUACUAGAUCUUUUUUUCACCUGGAUGUCAGAGCAGAUGCAAUUCCAAGUAUGGCCACCAGAUGGCAGAAUGACGCCAUACCUACUUCAAUACUAAAAUUCAGCUCACCUAACCACACCGCCAA